AUGCCACCUGAGCGGGCUGGUUCUGAGCGCACAUUAGCAUCGACUUCUGGAACUCGUCCUGCCGAGAAAUACCAGAUGUCAAAGAUCGCCCUGUUGGCAAUGCUUUGGGAGCAAGCAAGAGAGCCAUGCGUCAUGGGAGUGUUGGCUAGCCACUUGGAGCGAUUCUGCCUCGACACAAACUGGCAUCCUGCUUCGCGGUUUCCAGGGAUUCAUACGUUCUGUGACAACAGCGAACCACAUUUCCGUUUGGAAGAUGCUCGCAGAGUCUUGAGGGAGAUCGAAACCAAGCUCUUGGGAUUUUCCAAGGUGUACAAAGCCUCAGACAUACAUAUCCUUCGUUUCAUGCUGUCAUUCGCAACGAUUCCGAUUUGGCCGGAGCACGUUCUUGGUCUUGCCAUCUACGGCUGCGCUGAGAUUCGAAGCAGAGAGUUCUCGCGUGAGCUGAUCAACUUUGCAGGUUUCGCGAAUGACCUGGUUCUGACAGUACGCUCAAUUGUGGAUACCCGAGGCCCGAACGAGUGCCAACACAUUGCUGGAAAUCAGCACACCAGCUUGCACAUUCUCACGCAAGAAGUGAGCCGGCACAUGCCGUACUCUGCCGAUAUGAGAGAACUGUGCAAAUUUCUCGAGGAGAUUGAUGAUUCAGGCUGUCAGGGAAUGUUUCAGAAAGCCUUCAGCAGGUUUGGAGAAGCAGUGUUUGCAGAAGUUGGGUUCACUGCUCUAGCAGGAAUGAUGGAUCAGUUAUGCCUGGGACCAGCAGUUCAAGGACGACCCAGACUGGAGAAGAUCUUUAAAGAGGAGCAGCGUGCGAUGUACGAGAGGGACCUAGAAGCGCGUCGGCUUUACCUUCAAGCACACCGUGAUUUCUUGCGCAGGUUCUUCUCAAAAUAG